AAGCUCCGGUGGAACCAGAUGAAGAGAAACAACCAGGAGAGAAACAAAGUUUAAAGAUCAUCAUUCACAGAGUCUUGUUUCUGGACGUCCGGCCGAUCGAUCACUCGCACACAGAAAACAUGGCCUCCGUCGCCCCCUUCAGCCGCAGGCAGUGGGCGUCCCAGUCACUGAGGGUCACCGCCAAGGAGAUGUCCAUCGUCUCCGCCCGGGGCAAAACCAACGCCAUCGCAGAGCGCUUCUCCAAGUAUCAGAUGGCAGCGGAGGAGGGAAAUGCAGAGAAGAAGAAAACGGCUGCAGAACCUCUGCCCUCAGCGUUACGCAGCGGGAAUCUAAGUGUUUUAAAGAAACGCUGGGAACAGCAGCAGCCGUCGUCCUGUCACCGAGCCCAAACUCAGGAGGCCACACCCUGCGGCCCCGCCGACCCUCAGAACCCCAUCAGCCAAUCGACGGGCCCCAAAGCCUCACCCAGGUCACUGUUCAAGAGCCGCUCGGACACCUGGGGGAGCUCCGCUGUGCCACAGGAGCAGGACACGGAGCCACAGCCUGAGACCGGUGAGGAUCAGCUGGACCUGACGGACAUGGAGGCGCCGCCGAGCAGAACGACCGACGAGCUGGAGGCUGCGGCCGACGUGUCUGAGUGUGAGAAGCCCAGCGUCCCCCUCAACAGCCUGAAGAGGAUGUUCGAGACGGGAGAGAAGCCGAGAGACGAGGAGUCCAGGGAACAGACGGGCGAUAACAUGGAGCAGAUACUAGGAGAUGGAAGUCUCGCUGACUCCACUCCUCUCCGGGACAGGAUGGCCCUCUACCAAGCUGCCAUCUCCAAGCAGGACGUCACCAGCGAACAGCUGGACGGUUUCUGUGGGAAGCAGAAGGAGAACGUCCCUCCGUGCUCUCUGGACCUGAGUCCAGAGUCCGAAGCAAACGGCAGAAGAGUUUUAACUGCAGAAAGCAACGGUUCUGGUCCCGGCGCCCCGGUGUCGUCCAAUCAGAAGGACUCGUCUCAGCCCAAGACUCCCAGAAACUUCCGGCUGCCGGUGAGGGAGACCUGCGUGUCCUGUCUGAAGACGGUGUAUCCUCUGGAGAGGCUGGUGGCCAAUCAGCACGUUUACCACAGCUCCUGCUUCCGCUGCUCGCACUGCAACACCCAGCUCAGUCUGGCGAACUACGCCUCCCUGCACAACAACGUGUACUGCAAGCCGCACUUCUGCCAGCUCUUCAAGGCCAAGGGCAACUACGACGAGGGCUUCGGCCACCGGCCCCACAAAGAGCUGUGGGAGAGCAAAGACGACGCCGGUGAGUCUCCGCCGCCGAACAGCCUGAAGAUCCAGAGCUCGGCCCCGGCCUCGGACCUGGACAGCCCCAGCGUGGAGGACUCCCCGCUGGCGAAGGUCAACGUCCUGAUGGCCACGAUGGAGGCGCUGGGUCAGGGGUCGGCAGAGAAGGCCGACAGACCCACCGAGGGGCGCCGACUCAAGAUCUCCUGGCCGCCACGCACCGAGCCGGAGGAGGGCGGAGCCACCACAGAGGGGGGGUCUGCUGGUAAACCCAUCAGAGCCAAGUGGCCCCCGGAGGACGACUCCCCCUCCUCACCCACCGAAGAGGCCAGGGAGACGUCCUGCCUGCUCAACAGCUCCUCCCUGAAGGAGCGCAGCCUCCCCUUCACGCUGGCCAACAGUCCUGACUCCAGGAAGCAGAGUUCACCUCCUCCUCCUGAGGAGCUCAGCCCUGAACCCUCCGGCAUGGAGCUGCAGCUCGGAGACGGCCAGUCGUCCCACAGCCAAACGCCCACUGACGACAACUGCGUCGACAUUCACACCAGCUCAGGGGAGGAGGAGCAGGAGGAGCAGGAGGGAGAGAUGAAGAGCGAAGAAGUGGCGGAGCAUCAUGUCGUCCAGGAGGAGGAAGAGGAGGACGCUCUGGGAGGACGAGCUGAGCAACAGGAGGAAGACGAGGUAGAUAAGAUGGAGGAGGAGGAGGAAGAUGGAGGCGUGUUGGAGGAGAUGCCGACAGAGCAGGUCUCGUCUCCUGAGGUGGAGGUGGAGGCCAGCAAGGCGUCCCAGGACGUGGGGUUCUGGGACAGCGAGGAGGUGGAUGAUAAAGAGGAGGAGGAGGCGCUGACGGUGGAGGAGAUGAUCAAACGUAACCGUUUCUACGAGGAGGAAGAGGAGGAAGAGGAUGUGUGAGGCCAACACGUCGACUUUCAGGACUUUUUCAGACGACUUCUUCUUCUCUUCCUCUUCUUCCUCCUCUUCCUCUUCUCGCUGCAGUUUCCAGUACGAUCUCUUUACUCUUCUGUAUUUGUGCCUCUUUAAACAUUUCAGCUCAUAGUUUUUACUGUUGCUUCGGCAUGACUAGUUUUUUAAGUGAAAUAUUUAAAACUACAUGUUAUGAAUAUUUUUAGAACAGAAAAAGUUGUGACACGUUGAUUAUGCAUUUUAACUUUGUGUACGUACCUGUUGUAAUAAUUGUGUUUUCUGGGGAUGCCUCUCGAUCUGUUACACCAGCUACGUGGUCUUAUUACGCCAAGAAGUGGGAAACUCACUCGUCACUUAGGAGCAAAGUUAAAGGUGAAACUCCGAAGCUGCUCAGCCCGAAAAACAAACAAACAUUUCCUGUUUUUAUUAACGACGGGUUUUCAGUGGAAAAUAAAUCUGUCACUUUCUUUUCAGUUGCCAUGGGAAAAAAAAAAAAUACAGUCAUCUUGUUUUGUUUCGCAUUUUGACGACGUGUAUCUGAAUCACGAUCUUUUUAAAAUCAGGGACCAAAUAUCCUAAACUUCUACUGUUCAAAUAAAUUGUUAUUUACUAAA